AUGGAGAUUUUGAAAGUGGGUUUUGAAAAUGAAGAUCGCAACAGAUUCUUGGUUUUAGGAGGAGAAGGCUCUAGUGGAGAAAAAAUACUGGUACUGGACAGGCAAGUGCAGCUGCAGGUCUUUGUUAAAAUCAAGGAGCUUGUUAGCGAGGCAUUGCACGUCUUGCGUGGAAAUAUCGGACCGAAGAGACCAAUGGAGAAACGAGAAGCAGUGUGGAAUGCAACGGCAGGCGAUCCUAACGUUUCUGAGUCUCUAGACUCACGUGUUCUUGGAUUUAAGGCACGUACUUGGGCAUUCUAUGAUGUGAGUUUGCACAGCGCACGCGUAACUGACGCCUUAACCCUCCAGACAUUCGGCAGCAGCAACCAUGCCAUUCGCAUCAUUAAGUAUUCAGUCUGA